AUGAUUCAGAUCGGUUCCACGCUGUUUGCAGAAGAGCGUCAAGCUCUCAUAAGUUUGCUAAAAGAAUUCGUGAAUGUUUUCGCGUGGUCGCAUGCUGAUAUGCCCGGAAUUGAUUCCAAAAUCGUAGAACACCGGAUCCCCCUUCAUCCCGAUGCAAAACCCGUAAAGCAAAAAUUGAGGCGUAUGAGACCUGAUUGGGUGCUUAAGAUAAAAGAAGAAGUCACUAAACAAAUCAAUGCAAGAUUUCUAAUGGUAACUGAAUACCCUCAGUGGGUCGCAAACAUCGUUCCCGUCCCUAAAAAGAAUGGAUCUUAUCAGCGAGCCGCUACGAUCUUGUUGCAUGACAUGAUCCAUAAGGAAGUAGAGGUUUACGUUGAUGACAUGAUUGUCAAGGCAAAGGAACGAGAAGGACACUUACCUGCACUCAGGAAGUUUUUUGAGAGAAUCAGAAAGUACAGGAUGCGCCUUAAUUCGGCCAAAUGCACGUUUGGGGUUACAACUAGAAAGAUGCUCAAAUUCAUGAUUACCACUUGA